AUGUAAAAAGUUUCUGAAUAAAGUUUAAAAGAAGAAUACCAAAAAAAAGUUGAUUAAUGCUUAGAGAGUUUGUAAUAGGCAGUCGAUGUAUAAAUUUUAAUGUAUAAAUCUUAAUAGAAAUCAUUCAAUAAGAUUGAUGCUUAACUUGAUCAACUACUUAAUGAUGAGACUCAGUUCUAUAAUGUAAUACCAACCUAGUUAAAAGAUGAUUUACCAAAAUUCAAUUCUAGUAGAUUACUGAAAUUUUAAGAUGAUGAUUUCCAAAAACAAAUCUAUUAAGAAGUGACUUUAUUAAUCAAGAGUAAUAUUUAAAAUCAAGUUAAAAAUAAGGAACUAUACUAUUAGAUGGAAAUUUAAAAUAAUCAAAUUAUAUGGGAACAGAUAAUCUAAUAGAAGGAUUAUUAAAUUUAAUAACUUUAGAAUACUUAAAGUACUUAAACUAUUUAACAACCAUCAACAUCUUUAUCUAAUCAAUCAAAUCUUAAACCAUUCACGUAUUAAUUAAUCAAAGAAAAUUCAAUUAAAUAAAAUGAACAUUGUUAUGCUAUUGCUAUUAAUAAGGAUUGUUCAAUGUUGGUAGCUGGAUCUUAGAAUUAAAUUAAAUAUUUUGAAUUUAAAUAAGGAGUGUUAAAAUAAGUUGAAAUAUUAAGUGAACAUGAGAAUAAUGUAAGUACUUUGAAUUUCAUGAAUAAAUCAGAUCAAUUUAUAUCUGGAAGUGAUGAUAAAUCAAUUAUAAUAUGGACAAGAAAUCAUAAAAAUUCAUGGAUUUGUUAAUAGAAAUUAAAAGAGCAUACAAGUUCCAUCAGAUGUUUAGUAUUAAAUAGUAAUGAAGAUCUUAUUGUAUCUGGUGGUUUGGAUAAAAUGAUUAGAUUCUGGUAAAAGUAAGAUGAAUGGUUGUGCUAUUAGACAAUCACAGAUCAUACUGAACGAGUAUUAGGAUUAAGUCUUAGUGAAUAAUAAAAUAGAGUGAUAUCUUGUGGAUAUGAUAACCUUAUAUUAGUAAUAGAACUAUCAGAAUAGAAUAAAUAAUGGAUGGUAAUAUAAAAGAUUACAGUUGAAUCUGGAUAUCGAUUAUGCUUUAUAGAUAAUAAUACAUUCACAUUCUAUCCUUCUUGGUAUGAGUGUAUACAUGUUUUUGAGAUUAAUAAUGCUAAUUAAUAGUAUAAAAAGACAAAGGAUAUUCAAGUAAAAGGUGGUUCAGAUGAUUUUUUAUUUCCUUCAUAAUAUAUUUAAUCAAAAUGUAUCCUUGUAAAUAAGAAUGCUUAAGAUGUGAGUUUAAUAAGGAAGAAAUAAAAUGGUGAGUUUAUAGUAGAGUAGUCUAUUUAAUUUGGAACUAGAGAUAUAUAUGGAUGUAUGACUGAUGACGGACAAUAUUUGAUCACUUGGGAUAAAAAGUCAAACGAAUUUUAGAUCAGAAAAUUUCUGGAAUGA